AUGUCGGCCGAGCCCAUUAUUCUCUACGAUUUGCCAAGCCAGGCUCCUUGCAAAUGCUGGUCACUGAACCCUUGGAAGACUCGCCUACUCUUGAACUUCAAGGGCUUGGAUUACAAGACGGAAUGGGUCGAGUAUCCAGACAUCAAGCCCAAGUUUCAAGACCACAUUCCCCUUGCGGAUGACGUGGGUAUUUACACCAUACCAACGGUGCGAACCACGGAUGGAACAUACAUCAUGGAUUCUCUGAAGAUCGCCGAAUACAUCGAAGAGAAGUAUCCAACACCAAGUAUCCAUCUUGACUCGCCUUACGUCAAGAAAGUUGUGGAUCAGAUCUCGGCGUCCUUCCAGUUCGGUAAAGGCGUCAGAGGAAUCUUCUUUCCGCUCGUACCCGAGCGCCUUCUGAACCCUCGCAGUGCUGAGUUCUGGUACGAGACUCGUGCAAAAAUCAUUGGAAAGCCGCUCAGUGAGAUCACCGAGGAUGAACGCGGAGACAAAGCCUGGGAAUAUGCCACCGAGCCUGUCAAGGAGAUUACACGGUUGCUGAGGGAGAACUCAGAGGGCCCAUUCUUCGAAGGGAACACAGUCACCUAUGCUGAUUUCUACUGGGCUGGGUAUCUGCUCUUUUGGAAGCGCAUUGGGGAUGAUACUUUCCAGAAACUAUUGAGUAUCAGUGGUGACGGCGACGUGCACUUGAAGUUGUUGGAAGCUGUUAAGCCAUGGUCAGAGAGAGAUGACCACUAA